AUGAAUGUUGGCUUUUAUUUUGCAGGAGGAGGAGGAGCAGCAGAGUACAGCGAGCACUACCAACCAAAUCAAUCAGUGUGCUUUUUAGCUGCUGAUUGUAAUUUACAUCGAGAUGGAUUGGAUUGGCUCUGUUAUCACGACGACCAGAAAAAAGAAGAAGAAAGUGAAAAAAGACACAACAUCAAAGUACUCGUCAUCAAUAUGGAGGAAGUAACACCUGUUAAUCCCAAUGAUUUGAAAGACUUAAAGGAACGUAUGAAUUUAAUUUCUCAGGCUGAUCCCAAACAAUAUCAUAACGAUUUCUCACUGAAACGUUAUUUGCGGGCAUUCAAAACAGUCGAUGAAGCCUUCCAGGCCAUAUUGAAGACAAACAAAUGGCGGGAGCAGUACGGUGUCGAGGCUUUGGAAAACAAUACGUCAUUGGAACAGUAUAAAGAUAAGGCCAGAGUAUUGCGCCACAGAGAUUGCAUCGGAAGACCGGUCAUAUACAUACCAGCCAAGAAUCACAACAGUGAGCGUGACAUCGAUGAAUUGACGAAGUUCAUAGUGAAAUGUUUGGAGGAGGCUUGCAAGAAAUGCUUUGAGGAAGUUACGGACAGACUGUGCAUUGUGUUUGACUUGGCCGAAUUCAAUAUGAACUGCCUGGACAUGCAGUUGGUUAAGAAUUUGAUAUGGCUAUUGUCGCGACACUAUCCCGAACGUUUGGGCGUUUGUCUAAUCAUCAAUUCGCCGGGUUUGUUUUCAACGGUCUGGCCCCUCAUACGCCAAUUGAUUGAUGACAAUACCGCAAAGAAGGUGGUAUUUGUUAAUGACGAGACCGAGUUGUGUAAAUAUUUGAUACCCGAUAUACUUCCUACCGAUAUGUAAA